UGAUUUAUUCAUUUUUGAAAGAAAAGAGAAGUCCUUCCUCUGUUUUAAUAUAGCCUUUGGCUUUCUCUGUUUCUCUCUCUUAUUCACAUUUGCAAUCGGCAGUGUUCGCGGGUUCUCUGGAGGCAACACGCUUUUCUCUCAUCCUCAUUUUCCUUCACUUAAUUUACUCGCAACAUACCCCAAGCGCCUCUCUCUCUCUCUCUCUCUCUCAAACAACUGUCAGGAACCUACGACGAACAAACAAGAAAAACAUGAACGAGGCAACCACCCUUCAAUCUUAGCUGCUGUGUCCCUUCUCUUUGUUUCUCUUUAGGGGGUAGAAUUUGGUCUAAAAAACAAGACAAGCAAUGUCUAGUUAUCAAGGUGUGAUUGUUUCUGAUCCUUGGCUUCAAAGCCAGUUCACUCAAGUCGAGCUCCGCACCCUCAAAUCAAAGUUUCUCUCUGUAAGGACUCAAAAUGGUCGUGUUACCGGGGGUGAUUUGCCACCGGUUUUUGCAAAGUUGAAGGCUUUCGCUGAAAUGUUCAAUGAGGAUGAGAUUAAGACUAUCUUGGGAGAGUCAAAUAAUGACAUGGGUGAAGAAAUUGAUUUUGAGGCCUUCUUACGGGCUUUUUUAGAUUUGCAAGGUCGUGCAACUGCAAAAUCAGGGGGUUCAAAAUCUUCAUUUCUCAAGGCAACGACAACCACCGUUCACCAUGCUAUCAACGAAUCCGAGAAGGCUUCCUAUGUUGCUCAUAUUAACAGCUACCUGGCAGAAGACAAAUUCUUGAAAAAUUUUCUUCCAAUUGAUCCAGCCACAAAUGCUUUAUUUGAUCUUGCUAAAAAUGGAGUUCUUCUUUGUAAGCUUAUCAAUGUAGCUGUUCCUGGGACCAUAGAUGAGCGAGCUAUUAACACCAAAAAAGUUCUCAAUCCCUGGGAGAGGAAUGAGAAUCACACUCUUUGCCUUAAUUCUGCAAAAGCUAUUGGUUGCACUGUGGUUAAUAUUGGCACACAAGAUCUUGUUGAAGGAAGACCCCAUCUUGUACUUGGAUUGAUUUCUCAAAUUAUAAAGAUUCAACUACUAGCAGAUCUCAAUCUGAAGAAAACUCCUCAACUCGUGGAAUUGGUGGAUGAUAGCCAGGAUGUGGAGGAGCUUUUGGGUUUACCACCUGAAAAGGUUUUGCUGAAAUGGAUGAAUUUUCAUCUGAAGAAAGUUGGAUAUGAAAAGCAGGUUACAAACUUCUCUUCAGAUUUGAAGGAUGGAGAGGCAUAUGCAUACCUGCUUAAUGCACUUGCCCCCGAACACAGUACCCCCUCAACUUUGGAUACAAAAGAUCCAACAGAAAGAGCAAACAUGGUUCUUCAGCAGGCAGAGAAGUUGGAUUGCAAAAGAUAUCUCACUCCUAAGGACAUUGUUGAAGGCUCACCAAAUCUCAAUCUUGCAUUUGUUGCACAAAUAUUCCAGCACAGGAAUGGUUUGACCACUGACAGCAAAAAGAUGUCCUUUGCUGAGAUGAUGACUGAUGAUGCACAAACUUCUCGUGAAGAGAGAUGCUUUCGACUGUGGAUUAACAGUCUUGGAGUUGCCAUGUAUGUCAACAAUCUUUUUGAAGAUGUUAGAAAUGGAUGGGUUCUGCUAGAGGUUUUAGACAAAAUUUCUACUGGAUCAGUUAACUGGAAGCUUGCAAAUAAGCCUCCUAUAAAGAUGCCUUUUAAAAAGGUUGAGAAUUGCAAUCAAGUUAUAAAGAUUGGGAAAGAGUUAAACUUCUCACUUGUGAAUGUGGCUGGCAAUGAUGUUGUGCAAGGAAACAAGAAACUUAUAUUAGCAUUUUUGUGGCAACUCAUGAGGUUUUCUAUGCUUCAACUCCUGAAAAACUUGAGAUCUCACUCUCAAGGUAAAGAAAUUACAGAUGCUGACAUUCUGAACUGGGCUAACAAUAAAGUGAAGAAGGCAGGUAGAACCUCUCAAAUGGACAGCUUCAAGGAUAAAAACCUUUCAAAUGGUAUAUUCUUCCUUGAGCUUCUUAGUGCAGUGGAACCAAGGGUGGUUAACUGGAGUCUUGUUACCAAGGGAGAAACUGAUGAAGAUAAGAAGUUGAAUGCAACCUAUAUAAUCAGUGUCGCACGGAAGCUUGGAUGCUCCAUUUUCUUGUUGCCCGAGGAUGUCAUAGAGAUCAACAUGAUUUUCUUUACACAAAGUUAUGACAACAAACAAACGAUGGUUAAUAUUGCAGGAAAUGGAGUGAUUUUAACAUUGGUAAACCAGAAAAUGAUGCUUACUUUGACUGCCAGCAUCAUGUACUGGAGCCUACAGCAGCAGGUAGCAGAGUCUGAAGAUGGUGAGGUUCCUGAUGAAUCCUGUGUGUCACCAAAGGAAGGUGAGAAUGAGACAGCUCUUGCUGGUGAAGUCUCCAGUUUGGCUAUUGACGAUUCAGUCUCAGAUACUGGUCUAUCCCCCCAUGUCAAAAAUGAGGAAAUUCCCAAAGAUAAUGGAAGUGAACAACAAUCUCCCAAGAUUGAAGAAAAGGAUGGUAAUGAAUAAUCAGCAUAGGCAGCUUUGUAAUUCUUUUUCCAUAAUUCUUUUUGGUUUAUGAGAGAAGUGGAACUAAAGGAGGCCUUGUUCCAGCAUAUUGCUUUUUGUAGACCACAGGAGAAAAAGAAAUGGGAUUGUAAAUCUACCUGCUGUUAGAAAUAUUCUUUGCAUUGAAUUGAUUAUGCUGAAUAAUGCAAGAGGAGAAGAAAGCAUUAUAACGAGAGCCUACUUUGUAUUAGUCUUGAUGACAAAUUUCAAUUGAAGCCGUGCUCCUUGAGUAGCGGUAUGCACAUAUUUCAUGCA